AUGAAUAUGUUGGAUGAUGAAGAUGAUCAAAGCUUUCACGCUACGCGUGACGGCUACUCCCAUUUGAUCGAUGUCGAAUGGGAUGCGGUUGAACGGAUGGGUUCAACCAUGGGCAUCCAUGCUGUUCGCGUCAUGCUAGAGGCUCUCAAUAGAGAUGCCCAACAUGCUACUAUCGCCAAGUUCAUUCAAAAUGAACUUGACGCUGAACGCGAGAAAGUAGCCUUGCUUCACCAACAAGGUUCUCAACAGUCAGAGUUGUUGAGAGAACAGGGUGCUCAACAGUUUGAACUGUUGAGACAGCAGCAGCAGGCUGCUGCUGGUUGGUCGAUGCACUCGCGUCGACCCGAGACCUUGAAGAUUGACAUCCCCAAGUAUAGGGGAGUUGAAGAAGACUCCCUCUUGAGAUGGUUUGUCGAGUUAGACGACGCCAGAAGGGCGCGUCGCAUCGACGACGGGGAUAUGCAAGCUGCAUUCGCCCAGUCAAAUCUGGCAGGACGUGCCAAGACUUGGGCACUGGGGCUCAAGUUGCACGACCUAUAUGCGUUUGGGUCGUUGGAAGUCUUCAAGUCGCGGCUCAGAAAAACGUUUGAACCGCCUAGAGCUGAGUUCAGAGCUCGAAUUGAGCUCUUGAAGCUCAAAAAAGGUAAGCAUGAUGUGCACGCUUACGCACAACAUAUACGACAUCUCACGAGUUGUAUAAGUUCCAAUCCGGUGGAUGAACACACGUUGGUUUCGGUGUUCAUGCAGGGUCUUGCGGAUGGUCCCGUCAAAACUCACGUGUUCCGACUUGAACUGGAUUCACUAGAACAAGCAUUUCCAUUGCGGAACAGGAAGAAUUCAGUCUGA